UCCCAACUUCCGGUUGAAAGAGGAGAAGUGUUUCACACGAUUACUCUGACAAGGCCUGUCGUUAACCACCCCGUAGAAGAGUUGACGGGGUUUUCUGUGUAAGUCAUGGCCCUGUGAUCGCCAUCAGGCGGGCUAAUUAAUUUUUAUAAGAUAUUGGCAGAGGACUGUUGACGUCGAUUUGACCAAAACGCCACAUCGUUAGAGCCACAGGUUUAAACACCUAACCCGGGACUACGAGCUAGGAGGCUAGCUAAAGACGCAGCUACCUAUUCGCCAACCAAGCACCUCUAACUUGGAUUCUGGUGUCUAUUUCAAGAUGUCAACAGCGGGGUUCAACUCCCAGAACGGGACAGGGACAGGGCAGGCAUAUGCUAAUGGUCCGUCACAGAAUCCAGUCGCCCUGCAGCAGUUGCCUGGGGUCAACUAUGGCAUGAGCCACCAGCCAACCUACAAUCCAAUGCAGGCCAAAGCUCCGGCACCACCCGGCCCUGGACUCUACCCAGUUGGGCCCUAUCAACCUGUUCCCCCAGUCAGCCCCUACCAGCCUGGCCCACCACUCUCUUCCUACCAAGCUCCUCCAGGCCAGCCACUGUUGACAAGACCUCAAAUGGCAGGUCCUCCAUCCCAUACCCCUCCUCAGUCUGCCAGCCCAAGCCCUGGUCCUAGGUUGCCCCCUGCACAGGCCACACCCCCACCUCCUGCUGUGUCAUCCAGUAGCUACUACCAAAGCCCCCAGCAGCCACAGCCUAUGGCUCCAACAUGGCAGUACAACACAGCUCCCCCACCAAUGGGGCCACCCACUUCCAUGAACACACCUCCUCGCGGCCUCCCAGCAAACCAUGUGAACCCUGCUGCAAGCUCAACAGCAUCUUACAACUCGGCGCCACCAGCCUCCUUGUCCCACAGUGCUACCCAGCCCCCUGGCCCACGGAUGCCCCCAUCUCUGCACGGAUACAUCCAGCCAGGUGCUGCACCUCAACCAAUGAAUCCAAUGGUCCCCAACACAUACCAACCAAACAGAGCUCCCUAUGGCCCCCCACCUACAGGCCCACCACCAACCAUGAAACCAACAUCGCCACCGACUGGACCCCCAAUGGCAAAUGCCACACCUCCUCCCCCCAAGGCAGAUGAACCUGUGGCUGGAAACGGCCCACAAGCCCCAAACAGCUACAAUCAUGUUGACAACAAAAUGGCUGGCCCUCCCCAGCCUGGACCACCAGGUCGGCACUUGGGCCACUACCCAUCUCUCCCCCCUGGUUACCAGAACACCUCUGCUCCCCACAACGCAACACCCCCCAUGCACCCUGCAAUGCAGGCCGCCACGCAGCCUUAUACACAAGCACCUCAGCCAUACCAGCAGCCUCCUGUUGGCCCAGGCCCAGCCCAGCUGAGCCCGUCCCUGGCAGCCAUGAGCCUCCAGUCAAGCACACCAGAGGCUCUGAGAGUGGUCAACCUGCUGCAGGAGAGGAACCUGCUGCCUCCAAGCCCAAUCCCAGCCCCGACACCCUGCCUCCCACAGGACCUGCAGAAGAUCAACUGCAACCCAGAGGUUUUUCGUUCUACGCUAACCAGCAUCCCUCAGACGCAGUCUCUGCUUAAUAAAGCCAAGUUGCCUCUAGGCUUGCUGCUCCACCCCUUCAAAGACCUCUCGCAGCUUCCUGUGGUGACAUCCAGCACCAUAGUCAGGUGUCGGUCCUGCAGAACAUACAUCAAUCCCUUCGUCUCCUUCCUGGACCAGAGGAGGUGGAAGUGUAACCUUUGCUACCGGGUCAAUGAUGUUCCUGAGGAGUUUAUGUACAACCCAGUCAGCAGAUCUUACGGAGAGCCCCACAAAAGACCAGAAGUCCAGAACGCCACCAUUGAAUUCAUUGCUCCUUCAGAGUACAUGCUGAGGCCACCACAGCCUGCUGUUUACCUCUUCAUUCUUGACGUAUCCCACAAUGCAGUGGAGACGGGCUACCUGAAUGUGUUUUGUCAGUCGCUGCUUGACAACAUCAAUGCGCUGCCUGGAGACUCGCGGACAAAGGUGGGCUUCAUCACCUUUGACAGCACCAUCCACUUUUACAACCUCCAGGAGGGACUUUCUCAACCGCAGAUGCUCAUCGUGUCUGACAUCGAAGAUAUAUUUUUACCAACACCAGACAGCCUUCUAGUAAACCUAAAUGAAUGCAAAGAGCUUGUACAGGAUCUGCUAAAGAGCCUGCCAACUCUAUUUGAGAAGACCAUGGAGACCCAGUCUGCCCUGGGUUCAGCUCUGCAAGCAGCCUUCAAGCUGCUGUCGCCCACAGGAGGGCGAAUGUCUGUGUUUCAGACCCAGCUGCCUAACUUGGGUGUGGGGGCGCUCCAGUCUAGAGAAGACCCCAACCAGCGGGCUUCUGCCAAGGACAUCCAGUACUUAUCUCCAGCAACAGACUUCUACAAGAAGCUGGCUCUGGACUGCUCCGGCCAGCAGGUGGCGGUCGACCUGUUUCUGCUCAGCUCCCAAUACUGUGACCUGGCAUCACUCGGCUGCAUAUCCAGAUACUCUGCAGGAAGCGUUUACUAUUACCCCUCGUAUCACCACCAGCACAACCCUGCUCAGGUGGAGUGCUUCCAGAAGGAUCUGAAGAGAUACUUAACCAGGAAGAUCGGCUUUGAGGCUGUCAUGAGGAUACGCUGCACGAAAGGUCUUUCCAUCCACACGUUCCAUGGAAACUUCUUUGUGCGCUCUACGGAUCUACUGUCCCUGCCUAACGUGAACCCAGAUGCCGGUUUUGCAGUUCAGAUGUCCAUCGAGGAAAACCUAGACGACAUGCAGACUGUCUCCUUCCAGGCUGCACUACUAUACACAUCUAGCAAAGGAGAGAGAAGGAUCCGUGUCCACACUCUGUGUCUCCCUGUGGUCAAUUCUCUGUCAGACAUCUUUGCUGGAGCUGACGUUCAGGCCAUCACUGGACUGCUGGCGUGCAUGGCUGUGGACCGCUCUGUGACGGCCAGUCUGAGUGACGCCAGAGAUGCGAUGACAAACGCUUCCAUCGACUCACUGUCAUCAUACCGACAGUCUGUGCUAACCAUCCAGCAGCCCGGCCUGCUGGCUCCGGCCUGCCUCAGACUCUUCCCACUCUUCAUCCUCGCCCUGCUCAAACAAAAAGCUUUCAGGACGGGCACCAGCACCAGGCUGGAUGACCGCGUGUUUGCCAUGUGUCAGCUAAAGUACCAGCCGCUGGCCUACUCCCUGCUGAUGAUCCACCCAGCUCUGUACCGAAUUGACGAUCUGACAGAUGAGGGAGCUUUGAACAUCAAUGAGCGGACCAUUCCUCAGCCCAGGCUGCUGCAGCUGACUGUGGAGAAGCUCAGCCGAGAGGCAGCUUUCCUCAUGGAUGCAGGAACGGUUAUCUAUCUUUGGAUUGGGCGAAACUGCAACCCCACUUUCCUCUCACAAGUCCUUGGAGUUCCCAGCUAUGCUGCUGUGCCUGAUAACCUGUAUCUGCUCCCAGAGCUGGACACUGCCGAGUCACAGAGAACCAGAGCUUUCAUUGGUUGGCUGAGGGAUCAGAGGCCGUUCUUCCCCUCCCUGCAUAUCAUCAGGGACGAAAGCCAGCAGAAAGCCAGCUUUUUACAGAACAUGAUUGAGGACCGAACGGAGUCAGCCCUGUCAUACUACGAAUUCCUGCUUCACGUCCAACAGCAAAUCUCCAAAUAACGCUCAGUGGGAAAUGUGCAAAUGAGGAGACACUGAAGUGAGGACAUGCAUUGGCGCGCGCGUGUCCUGUAUGUAUGUAUGUAUGUAUGUAUGUUGGUAUGCUGUUCGAGUGUCUCUGUGUGGAAGAGGGACUGAGGGAUGCUCCAUCUCCAGUUAUGGGGCUGCAUGUCUGAGCUGUGCUGCUGCAACUUUGCGUCACUCAAAUCAAAUUCUGUGACGGACACUUGGACGGAGUGUCAAAGAAUCCAUUCUGAUGCUCAUUUGUCACUUUUUACCCCGCUGAAGCAUCACAUUGGAAGAAAAAAGAAAGAGAUCCGUGAUGAUGAAGAUGAUGAUGAUUAUUAUAUUGUCAAUGAUUGAAUGAAUCAGUGUUUAUUCUCAUAGAACAAUACUAUCUUACUGAGGUAUCGUUCAGAUACUGUCCAGGCAAAGCGAUGUGUGAAGUGUUUUUGUUCAAAAAGCACAGUUGUCUUUACUAAAUCAAGUCCAACGUAUGUACUGUAUGUGUGUAUGUUAGACUUGAGAAUAGUCUAUGAGGAUGUUUAGUAUGUUUGUGCUCAAAGACUGUUAUUGGGUGUCACCAGGAGUAUUUGUACACACAGAACACCUGAGCCCUAACAACACUCUAAUAUCGUACCUGGGGGACAGAACGUGUGCUUUUUAUUUCUGUCAUUAUAAUUGUGUGUCGAACAAAUCUGUAGACCCUGGCGUAACCGUUGAAAUGUUGUUUGAAGGCUGAUGGAAAUGGCCGUCUUAGCUGCCUGAAUGUUUGGAUUCGGCAGUGGGAAGUUUAUUUCGUGGGUCUCAUCUGUCCUUCAGAAACUUUCUUUCAUCUUUUCAGAACACCUCGAUAACACCCUAGUCUGUUUGUUUAUUUCCUUCUCUUUUUUUUCUCUCUGAUAAUUAAUAAUUUAUGAGACUCCCAUUAUGAUUAAAUUCUAUAAUUGCCUUGUAUGGGAACUCACUUUUUAUUAUUAAACCUCUGUUCAAAUACAGACUCUAUAUAUGAAAUAUUUUAAUAUAAUAGGAUAUGGGAAUUCUUUAACACAGACAGAACAAAGCCAUUGUGAUCUUUUAAUCAUGCUUAUUGAUACUUGUACAUUGAAAAGACUGCAUUAUAUAAAGGUGACGAAAUGUUGAUGAUUUUAGUAUAAACAUUACGGUGGAAUGAUGCUAAGAAAUAAAAUGUUUGGGACUUUUUAAAUGUAGUUUUGUGUUUUGGUGAGUGAACAGCAGGAGUUACACAGUGAAAAGAAAGGAUACAAAACAGAUAUAUUCAAUAUUUCUCCUGACUGGGUUUAAAAUGACAUUUGUUGAUCUGAUUUCAUACAGUUUGUAAUCUAUGUAUAAUAAAAACAAAAAUGUAUUUAGGAAAAAACAUGA